GUGGCGCUCAUGGUGGUAGUACGCGUCGAUGACGACUUUAACAUAGUCAUUCCCCUUCGCGAACGUUUGCGACAGGUCCUUAAUAUCAGUUUACGCAGCUCGAUCAACUGUUGCGUCCCUUGCAAUAGGAACUGGGAUUUCGAAUGUAUUACACGACUCACUGGCGCUUACUAGGGACUCGUAAUACGUGUUUUUCUCUUUGAAAAGGCUCAUGACCUCCACACUUAUACAGCAAGCAGAUGCUCCAUUGCCGUAAAGUCUCUAUUAUGGGAUGGAACGUCUAUAUAAGACUUCAGCGGCCACCAGGGAUCGCAACUGCUUCGCGCGCUCGUCUUGCAUUGUCCGUUACACUUUUGUUAAGAAUGGAUGCUUUGGCUACGCAAUCUGUGACCAUAGAUUCACUCUAUUCUCGACAGGCUGUCACCUUUGUGGCUAUCGCGAGUUUCACGCUUCUGUGCUGGGAUCAUAUGAUCACCUUUGCAGAUGAGGUAGCCUUGAUCUGGUGUCAACCCAAAAAACCUGCCGCGUACCUCUUUAUAUUGAAUCGAUAUAUCACGCCUCUGGGAUUUAUUGUCAACAUUGUUGCAUUAACCCUCCCAAAUUGGUCCACAGAGAGGUAUGUGGUUUCCGAUCUGAAAACGACUGGCAUCAAAUUGCUGUUAAGCUGCAGAAAUUUCGUCAGAUACCAAGCUGCCAUGGCGAUCAUUGGUGUCAGUAUAGCAGAACUGAUAAUGCUGAUACGGGUCCAUGCUCUCCAUCAAUAUCGUACGCGAUUCGUUGCGGUUGCGGGCCUUCUCUUAUUAGUCCAGGUUGCACUUGAGGCGUAUUUAAUCGCUCUUGGUAAAAUGGUUCCUCAUGUUCAACAAAUACACUCUUGUUAUGAGGUUUAUGAUUUGCCGCCGGCUCUCUCUGUUACUCGCGCAUGGUUGCCUUUAGCAUACGACACUGUCAUUUUUAUCAUGACCCUAUGGCGCACCUUGCCCAGUCAUCGGGAUGGAUCUAUCUUGCAAACAUUCCAAACAGAUGUACGGGCGCCUUUGGGCCUGAAGGGUGUUGCUGCUCAAUUGGUGUUCUUGUUAACGGUUGUCGUGACGUCCCGAGUCACACUUCAUCUCAAGAAGCAAGACCGGUCUUUCGUAAUUCGCCCUCCUACGGUGUUCAAUUUGGCACAUGGACACCAGCAAAUGUCAAGGAAACCCUUUGACGAUGAUCUACAGCCGAAAUUACCAUUUUCGACAACCCCUAUUCCAUCCAUAACAUUUGAUCCCACGGACGAUGCUCAAUCUUUCAGAAGUGUUGAUGAAGAGUCUCAGUGAUCGUGCCAUGUCUCAACAAUCACAGGGGAUCGUCCUAGCCAGGUGGCGCAAUUCUGUCCUGCGUGCUGUGAGGAAGCCUGUGCCGUCCUCGCACCAGCCAUCUGGAUGGUUCGUGGUUGGGCUAGCACCAGA